UUCCUUCCAGCAUCAUAGGAGGGUGGUGGGAGAUCUUUUGUGAAUGUUGACUUGGCUUGAUGUAUCCUCCUGCCGACCUAGAAAUCAAAACAAUAUUCACACUGCAGAGGCAGAGCGGCUCCGGCGCGCGGCCAAUUAUAAUGGAGCAGUCGGCUUGAUGUCACGGUGUCAACUCCGGAUUCUUUGUCCGUGCACUUUAAACCCACGUGGCGCUUGUGAGUGUUGUGAAGGCGAUGGUUGACUCCAGUCGUCAGCGCAACCGUUUACCUUCCAAUCUCCCUCAACUGCAGAACCUCAUCAAGAGGGAUCCUAUAGCUUAUCGAGACGAGUUUAUGCAGCAGUACCAGCACUACCAGAGUCUACUCGAGCUACUAAUUCACUCUCCGGCUCAAGAUUCGCCACAUUUCAGUGAAAUUCUGAUGUUUAUUGGUCAGGUUAUGCGUUGUUAUCCAGAAGAGCUUUCCAGCUACCCAGAACAACUAAAGCAACUGCUACAAACUCAUUCAUCUUUGUUGCACCCUGAUGUUAGAAUUACUCUCUGCAGGGUGCUGAUCUUACUCAGAAACAAAGGAAUGAUUGAACCCAGUUUUGUCCUUGAACUAUUUUUUGAACUCUUCAGCUGUCAAGACAAAGCACUGAGAAUGUUGUUAUACUCACACAUUGUGUCAGAUAUCAAAAGAAUCAAUGCAAGACACAAGAACAACAAAGUUAACACGGCAUUGCAAAACUUCAUGUACAAAAUGCUGAGUGGCAGUAGUAAAGUCGCUGCUCGAAUGUCACUGGAUGUCAUGAUUGAGCUGUACAGAAAGAAUAUUUGGAGAGAUGCUAAGACAGUCAAUGUCCUUGCAACAGCCUGCCUUUCACCAGUGACAAAGAUAAUGGGUGCAGCACUGCGGUUUUUUCUGACUGAGGAGGAAGAUGGCGGGGAGGCUGAGAGUGAGUCUAGUGAUGAGAGUGAUACUGAGUCACGUGCACUACGUGAUAUGGUGCUGUCUAGACAGACUGUCAAGUCUGGCCGCAAACGAGAGAGAAAAGUUGCUAGAGCCAGAGCAGUUCUCAAGAAACAGCAGAAGAAACGGAAGGGACCUGCUGCAGGGCGGUUUUUAGCAUUGCAUCUCAUUCAUGACCCACAAGACUUUGCUGAAAAACUGUUCAAACGAUUGGAGAGGGCUACGGAGAAGUUUGAGAUUCGGCUGCUUAUGAUGGCACUGAUUUCUAGACUUACUGGAAUUCACCAGCUGUUUUUUUGUUUAAUCUCUACCCAUUCCUGCAACGUUACCUUCAACCACACCAAAAAGAAGUUACUAAGGUAAUGACUUACCUUGCACAAGCCAGCCAUGAACUUGUACCUCCCGAGGUUUUGGAACCGGUGGUGAAGGCAGUGGCUAAUAAUUUCAUCACAGAGAGAAACAACCGUGAUGCCAUUGCAAUGGGGUUAAAUACAGUUCGUGAGGUGUGUGUGCGAUGUCCCCUGGUGAUGACUAAGGAGUUACUGGCAGAUCUUGCUGGCUACAAAACGUAUCGAGACAAGGGCGUGGUAAUGGCAGCUCGCUCACUCGUACAGCUCUACCGCAGUGUUAGACCUGAACUGCUAAGGAGAAAAGAUAAGGGGCAGCCAAUGGAGGGAGGGGUUCAAAGAGCCCCGGAGUAUGGAGAAUUGGUAGCUGAACAGCAUGUUCCUGGAAUGGAAUUGGUUGAUAUACCUUCAGAGCCCGAAGAGGAUGUUGCCACUGAUGUGUCUGAGUCAGAUUCAGAAUGGAUUGAUGUUCAUCACAGCAGUGAUGAGGACAGUGCAUGUGAAGAAAGUAAUGAGCACGGGGAACUACUAACUCACUCCAGUAGUCACAGUAGGCGUGAAACUAAGAGAGAAAGAAAGAGAAAGAGAGACGAGGAAAAGAGAGAUGAUGGUGGAAGGGAUGGGGACGAGUCAAACGUCAGCCAGCAACUGAAGCGACAGAGAGUUGAGAGGGCUGUUGCUAUCAGUCAGAGCAGGUUACUAACAGAUGAGGAAUUUCAGAAGCUGAGAUUAAAGCAAGCCACUGCUCAACUACAGCCAAAGAGUGGCCAUAACAGGGACUCCAAACUGUUGGUAGCUCUUGAAGAAGGAAGGGGACCUGGGGAAAUAUUGGCAGAGGAGGCAAUCACAACAAUUCACAGCAAAUUGAAGAGGACAAAAGAAGAAAGGCUUGCAACUGCAAAGGCAAGUUGCGUCAUAUAUGUGUAGGCUGCAAAUUCUGUGUUUUAAAUACAGUUGUUCUUUUACUGACGAUUUGUUGUGACUUUUGAAUGCUCAAUCGCGCCAAAUUUUGUCUUCGAAGUUCACGUCUGCUUAAUCCUAAGUGCCCACGGCAUCAUUUUCUUGCGAAACCUGUUUAAGUGUAUGUCGAUUGCAGUUCACCCUU